GCCUUUCUGCUCCUCCAGACGGGCUGAGGCCUAAGGGGGCUCUCCUGGUUCACUUCAGCUGAACUUUAGCAGAGCCGUAGAUAUACCCCCCCACCAACCCCCCAAAUAACCGAGGAGGAGUUGGAGCCUUAAGCUGCUCUGCUCUCUCGCUUGUUCUCGGCUCCAAAUGCCGCUCUGAGGCCUCUUGCCAGGGUCGUAAUAAGCACUUUCUCCCACCCUAAUGAACAGCCUGAGCUUGGGCCGUCAGAAAGGAGGAGAAAAUAUCGGCAAUAUUCAUUUGAAAAGAUGAUCCCCACCACGGAAAGCCGGAAAGAACAAGCUUUUUUUUUUUCUUUUCGUUUUUUUGAAGAGUUAAUUUAGUGCCUCCUUUCUUCGGUAGCCGGUUCUCUGAGAAAUGGGCUGCCAUUCUCACAAAUCCUUAUGGCUUGGAUGGACUUAGGAGAAACGUCUUCUCAAGAAGAAGGUUUGUUACCAGCUGAACACGAGACCAUGGAGGAAAAUUUCUCUACUGAAAAAAGUAUAGGCAGCAUAAAGCAGUGUGCUAAAAAUACUUCUAGACCCAAACAGCCUGACAAGUGCUCUGAACAUGUAAAUAAUUUUUCUCUUAGUGGACCAACUUGGAUUCCAGUGGGACAGAAAGGGUCUGUAAGUAAGUCCACCUCUGUUUUGCAGUCCAAGGUUAAAGCUCUUAAAGAGAAAAGGAACCUCAUAAACAAGCGUACUGAAGCAACAUCCCAGGAAGAGGCUUCUCUAAGGAAGCUUAAAGAAUGGAAGGGAAAACCACCAAGAGACCCUGUUCUUCAGAAUGCAGUAGUGGAGCCACAAGCUCAAAUCCGCACUUACUUGACAGAUGUGCUGCUGGAUAGCACUGAGUAUCCACAUCAGAUGCAGAAGGAAUUUCAGGAAACAAGCCUUCCAGAUCCAUACAUCAAUGAUUUUGAAACACAAUCUAUGGUAACAGGAGAGUCCACAGGCAUAAGCCCACCAAAGGAAUUCAGGAGGCUCCCAGGAAGAAACAUACCAGAUAAAAAUAAUUCUUUAGGAAGCUCCACGAAAAAGGUACCCUUAAGUGCCAUCUCUGGAACUGGCUCUUUAAAGGACCUUUCCUUUAUCCCAACAUCUUUUGAAGAAACAAAUGGUAGAGAAGACCAUCUAAUUUGGCCUAAGGAGUUUGACAGCAAUUCUAUGAAAAAGAAUGACACCUCUGAGAUGGCAUCAAUUGGGAGGAUUUGGAGAACGGAGAGCUGGGACAGUCUUGGCAGUAGCAGCAGCAAUGUCAGUACUUUGUCUUUAGCAGAGAGAGUGGAAAGAAACCGAACUAAGUUGCAAGAGAUGCUGAGCAUAUCACAGUUGAACAGAAGUUAUUCGCAUGAACCGCAUACUUUGGAUACUUACCAGAAAGAAAUCCAACAUCUUGGGCCUAAUAAUGAGAUUAUGCCAAAUGAUGGAGCCUGGGAUUGUAAUGUCUCCUUACAGGAUUCUGAAGGCUAUCGGGUCUUUGUUCCUAACCAAAAGCUGGAGCUGAGCCCCAGGCAUGAACAGGCCAAGCAGCUGCUACAGAGAGCUCGCAUGAAGGCCAGGACAAACCCGCUCCGAGCUAGCCAUAACAUCCUGCUUACUGCCCCCCCAGACAAGAGGGGUACCUGUAGAUCUUCUGUUGCAGACACAAAAGACUUUGUUUUGAAGGAUGGAAACAGCCACAUUAGUGGAAACCAGAGUGAUUCUUCUAGUGGUGACUCCAGCUAUGGGCAGCAGAGGAAGCAAGGACCAUCUUCUUCUCGGGUGCGUUUUGAGGAUGAAUCUGCAAGGGAUGCUGAAGUUCGCUAUUUGGAACGUCUGCAGCAACGUCAGAAACGGCCCUUAGAUUCAAUUCUGUUAUCUCUUGGCCAGGGCCCACUGCUCUCCAAACCAUAUCUUGCUGACUAUAUAAAUGGCGACCUCCAGCGUAAAGAGAGUAGCAUCAACAAACCUAGCUGGGAACAUCAAAGCAUGGGACAAGGAGCCAAAAUGCAUACUCACCAGAGCAAUGAAGGAAGCUCUGAAAAAGGGAAGCCUCCUCAAUUCAAUAAAGAAAGCAAGUGUAAUGCCUGUGGAUCUUAUAUCAACAAUUCAGCAGACACUAGAGUCAACCAAACUGGGAAUGGCAAACCUGAAAUUGCCAAUGUCCUUCCUGGAGGUAGUGAUAUUGUUCACACUAAUGGAAACAAGGAGCUCGGUGCUUCCCAGGAGAACUCACGGACAAAGCCUCUAGGUCCCAAAAGGACUCCAUUGUGGAUCCUUCCUUCUCGGCAGCGUGUUUUUGCAGAAUGCACCAGGGAGACGUAUAUUGGCGAAGUUACUAGCAGUGAAGAUAUGGACUCAGCUUUAGGCAGCACCACUGACACAUCAGACAGCUACAGGACAGACAGUGAAGAAGCUGGCAUCAACAGUCUGCAAUUUGCAAUAAAAAAUUGUCAUGGUGUCCCUAGAUCAUUGUGUUCUUCAGAGAAGAAAGCCAACACUGUUACCAGGGACGGGAAAUGGGGAAACAGCAGCUGCAAAACUAGUAAAGAAAUUACCCGGUGUAACAUUCCUAACGUAAGCAGAUCGGAAAUUGGGUCAGGUACUGAUGAAGCACAAAUUUGUAGCUUGCAAGGGGCCUCUGAGGUAAAAGAUCAGGAUGCUCAGGUAGCCAUUCCAGGAAACAAACAGCAAAUGAAUCUGAGUCAUAUAGAGAAGGAAGACAAAGACAAAGCACAAACAAAGGUACCUGGUGCCCAACUGAGAGAACCCAUAUCUCCCAUCUAUUCUCAGCAGUUGGUUUUCCAAGAUGGUAUAAAAGUUCCUGUGAAUAGGCCAGUCAAACAUUUAUGCCAAACCAAGCAGCCUACAAAGCAGGUGGCCACUACCAACAAUUUAAUGAAUCUAAUACCAGCACCCCCUGCUACUGGGAAAGUUCACUCCUCCCCAAUGUCUUACAGGAGAGCUGUUUUAACAGGCAGCCACAAAUUGAUCAAACAGGAUCCUGGACAUAUAAAUAAAACUAACGAAUUAUCAGUUUCAGCUGCCUAUUCUGAUUUCCAGGAUGUGGGUGUAUCUGGGCUAGAGGAGCAUAAUGGCCAGCAGAAUCCAGGGAUAUUCUCUAAACAUUUGGCUUUGUCCUCCAAUAAUCACAACAACAUAUCUACCAAGCCAGAGCCCCAAACCAUAAUAACGGGCAGAGAUGAGCAACUUGAGGAGAGUGAGAAGAUGAGAAAAAAUCAAGUAGGUCCAUCAUCCUCCACAUGUGGUGUUCCCCCUGUUGCUCCCAAUAUCAUCAGUUCCACUGCUAUUAACCUCUCCCUGACAACUGAAGAGACCAACUUGACAAACUCCACUCAGUCAAUCAGCAGAGAAGCUCCAGUAGCAGAUAUGCAGAAGAUAAAACCUGGGCAAGCAAAUAUUAUUCAGUGCAAACACUUAGAAGUCUACCCUCAGCCAAAGAAACAGCAAUCCAGCAAGAAAGAAGUCUCUUCUACAUCAGGUUUAAAAAAAUUCUUCACCACUCUGAGUCAGAGCACCAAACAACGAUUGGGCAGAUUCCGAUGUUAUAGCAUGGAACAGAUUUCUAUGCUAGAAUCAGGAGCUGCCAAGCCCAAUUUGGAAACUGGUCCAGAUACCAUUUGUUCUCCAAAAAUGAAGAAAGUACCUUCCUUACAAUCCUUGCAGAGGGUGUCACCUUUCUGCCAACCAAGAAAAGCCUCAUCUGUUCAAAAUCUGCAUUCUUUUUUGGGCAAGAAUAAUCGGUCCAAUGUUUACCUGGUGGGGGAACCUAAGGAUGAGGAAGCUUCUUCUAACAGGGAUACAAGGACUCAGCAGAGAAGAUCCCUCAGUGUGGAAGACAUUGGGUCUCCUAAUUUAGCGAGAAACGUUGGGCGGGUGGUAGCAGUUUUUCCAGAUGGAACUAGUCAAUUAGAAUUGCAGCGGUCCCAACAAGGAAACUUUGGGUUUCGUGUUUCUUCAGGGAAUGGUCGUCCUGAUACAGGUAUCUAUGUCCAGGAGAUGGCAGACACUAGUACAGCUAAACUCUAUGCUGGACUGCUAGAAGUUGGGGAUGAGAUACUUGAAGUAAAUGGUGCCAAGGUUGCUGGGCUGGGCCUAGCCCGGAUCAAUGAACUGCUCUUGUGGGCAGAGACACUCUCCCUUCGAGUGCUGAAGCAGAGACCUGUCCGGCAGUAGCAGAAGAGGAGAUCGUUGUGAGGGAAGCCUGAAUGGGCAGCUUUGCCUUGUGAACAGGGCAAAGCAGUUCUGGUGCUUAUUAAGCCGACUUGAGACUUGGAGUUUGCAUCCUUGUCUCAGUGUUUUUAUGACUUGGAUGUGGAUGGAGGCACAAACCAACCCCAUGGGUUAUUCUGUAAUGGAAGCUUGUAUCUACUGAAUAUUUAAUUUAUGCAAAGAUUAGUCAUGCAAUGUGGACUCUGUCCAUCAUCAAGAAAUAGGAAUUAGUUAUCUGGCACCUCCCUGUACAAAUAAUUUGGAGGGGGGGGAGAGAGAGGGGGAAGGAAGCAUCAGGUAACAAUUUGUGGAUAAAGACUUAUCUUUUGACCAGCAACAUCCCCACAAACUCUUUAUCUAAAAAUUGGAGGAUGCUGGAUCAUCUUAAAUUCUUUAAUUUGUAUUAAAAUACCCAUAACAAGUUGGGUUUGUUCAUAAAUUUCAUUAAAACAUUCAAGCUAAUACUUUUUCUAGAAAUGCGGAGGUUGUUUACUACAUUGGAGAGAUGCUAAAGCAUUAAGUGAUCCCUACUGUGGAAAUCUUAUCUCUCCCGCUCCACACCCUUUAUUUAUAAGGAAAUAUUCUAUGAUUUGGGAGUCUUUAAAGAAGUUAGAUUUCUUUACCAGAAAAUCUACAGUUCCUUUACAAACCUUAAGAGUCUUUACAGGCA